AUGACGAAUCCAAAUGAUUGUGGGUCUCAAUAUGAGGAGGGAGACGUGUGUGAGGAGGGAGACGAGUAUGAGGAAGGAGACGGGUAUGAGGAAGGAGACGGGUAUGAGGAAGGAGACGGGUAUGAGGAGGGAGACGGGUAUGAGGAAGGAGACGGGUAUGAGGAAGGAGACGGGUAUGAGGAAGGAUACGGGUAUGAGGCGGCAGACGGGUAUGAGGAAGGAGACGGGUAUGAAGAUGGAUACGGGUAUGAGGAAGGAGACGGGUAUGAGGAGGGAGAUGGGUAUGAGGAAGGAGACGGGUAUGAGGAGGGAGACGGGUAUGAGGAAGGAGACGGGUAUGAGGAAGGAGACGGGUAUGAGGAGGGAGACGGGUAUGAGGAUGGAGACGGGUAUGAGGAAGGAGACGGGUAUGAAGAGGGAUACGGGUAUGAGGAAGGAGACGGGUAUGAGGAUGGAGACGGGUAUGAGGAAGGAGACGGGUAUGAAGAGGGAUACGGGUAUGAGGAAGGAGACGGGUAUGAGGAAGGAGACGGGUAUGAGGCGGGAGACGGGUAUGAGGAAGGAGACGGGUAUGAAGAGGGAUACGGGUAUGAGGAAGGAGACGGGUAUGAGGAGGGAGACGGGUAUGAGGAAGGAGAUGGGUAUGAGGCGGGAGACGGGUAUGAGGAGGGAGACGGGUUUGAGGCGGGAGACGGGUAUGAGGAGGGAUACGAGUAUGAGGAGGGAUACGAGUAUGAGGAAGGAGACGGGUAUGAGGAAGGAGACGGGUAUGAGGAAGGAGACGGGUAUGAGGAGGCAGACGGGUAUGAGGAGGCAGACGGGUAUGGGUAG